ACAAACACAGACAUCUUGACUCAGCAUCGACAUCAUGUUCUCCCUCUUCCUCCAGUUCUUCCUCGCGGCUUUGGCCUUCGCUGCUCCGAUUCACGACGAAAUCAUCACCAUUCAGGCCGAUGCAUGGCAAUACGGCACCGGCGGCGGCAUUAUCGGAUUCAUUGUUCUGAUCCUGGAUGUGAUCGUGUGGAUCGAGGUAGCCAAAUCCAACCGCCCUGUCCUCCACAAGGUUCUCUGGGCUGUCGGCGUCUUCCUCUUCCCGAUCGUCGGCAUGAUCGUCUACUGGCUGUUCUCCAACCGCGAGGCCCACAACCAAGGAGCUGGAUACGAGCCGAUUGCGUAAAGUCUGGACGAUGAUACAACCUGGCGUAGGAGCUUACGAGGAAGAUGGGAAAGGUUUACUAGAUGAAAGCGAAGGAUGCAGUGCGUGGCGGUCAGGCAGGCUGCGAAUACUAAUGGCGACGGAGACGAUGGGCGGGGUUUUGCACUUUGCACACAACAGGGGUUGACGCUCGGCGGAUUCGAAAC